AUGAGCCAGCCACCGUUAAUUUAUAGUUUUGUGGCUAAAGGGAGUGUUGUGCUUGCUGAAUACACUCCCUUUUCGGGGAAUUUCAGCACUAUUGCUGUCCAAUGCUUACAGAAUUUGCAACAAAAUAAUAAGAAAUUCACCUUCUCAUCUGAUUGCCGCACAUUCAACUUCUUGGUUGACAAAGAAUUUGUGUUCCUUGUGGUAGCUGAUGAAGCAGCUGGAAGAAGUGUUCCAUUUGUGUUUCUAGAACAUGUCAAGGAUGAUUUCAUGCACCGCUAUGGACAAAGUAUCAAUGGUAACAACUCCCAUCCACUCAUUGAUGAGGAAGAUGCUGAUAUGUUUGGGGAGAGAUUUAGUUCUGCUUACAGUCUUGAUAGGGAAUUUGGUCCAAGGCUGAAGGAGCAUAUGGAGUAUUGCAUAAAUCAUCCAGAGGAAAUGAGCAAACUUUCAAAGCUGAAAGCUCAUAUAACUAUGGUUAAAGGAAUAAUGAUGGACAAUAUAGAAAAGGUAUGCUGUAGAAAGGUCGGUAAAGAUAAAGCAAAAUCAGAGACUCAACAGCCAAGCAAAGAGGAACUGAGAAAGAAAAUAUGCGAAAUUUUGAAAGAAGUUGACUUCAACACAGAUACUGGUCAUUACAAAACUGAUCUGACUCCGCGAAAGGCAUCGAUAAAGCUCAUGAUCCAGGAGGAGCUGACCAAACUGGUAGAAGCUAAAGAAGAUGAAGAUGACGAUAAAGAAGAACAACCAAAAGCUAAGAACAAGCGUGCAAAGAAGCAGACGGUUACUUGA